AUGUCAGUCGUCCUUGUGCUUUACCUCCUCUUCCACCCAUGCCUGUCUAUUCAAACACAAACAACCUUCGUCUUUCCUAGACUGACUGGCUUAACCAGUAGAAACUUGUCAAGCCUGUAUUUGCAAGGGAACGCUGUAACGAAACCCAAUCUCAUAGGUAUCCGCCUCACCAAUCAUUCAGAAUACAUUACUGGCAGUGUUUUAUACUCAGAAGCUGUGCGUAUGAAAGAACGAGGGUCCAAGAAUGCAACUUUAUCAUUCAGCACUACUUUCGUUUUCGCCAUGGCUCCGUCUUCACAGCAUUCGAUAAGUGGGAAUGGACUGACAUUUAUCAUAAUGCCCAAGAAAUCACAUAAGGCUGGCCAACAAGAUUCAUAUCUUGGCUUGUUCAAUUUCACAAGCAUGGGACAACCUUUCAAUCAUCUGUUUGCAGUAGAAUUCGACACGGUAAAGAACCCAGAAUUCGAUGUCAUCAACGACAAUCACGUUGGAGUAGAUCUCAACUCUCUUCAUAAUGUAGAAUCUAAAACUGCAGGUUACUGGGCUGGUGAUCAGUUCAUUCAAUUAGAUCUGAAUGGGAGAAGGAAUAUUCAAACUUGGAUAGACUAUGAUCAUCUGCAAAAUCAGCUCAAUGUUACCAUAGCUCUCGCUGGUUCACUUCGCCCGGAAAGACCUCUGAUAUGGAAAAAAAAUUUGAGUUUGUCGAGCAUUCUGGAGGAAGAAAUGUAUGUUGGUUUCCUGGCAUCUACUGGAAAAUUCGUUCAAGAACAUUACCUUCUCGCCUGGAGCUUCAGUACUAAUGGAACGGCACCGGCCUUAAAUGCAUCUAUUCUUCCAUUCUUGACAGACCCAGAAUCCAAUUCCAAUAACCUAAUAUCCCCGCUAAGAGUCGGCGUAAUAACCGCUUUCGCUGUUUUCCUAGUGCUCGUGGUUGCAGUUGUGUGGUUUAAGAGAAAGCAAAACAGAGAGCUAAUUGAAGACUGGGAGAUGCAGUAUUGGCCUCAUCGAAUUAGCUACAAAGAUUUAGCUAUUGCAACCCAAGGGUUUGGAGAGAAGCAAGUCUUAGGGUUUGGAGGUUUCGGCAAAGUGUACAAAGGAAUCCUUCCUAGUAAAGGCUUUCAAGUGGCUGUGAAAUCUAUCUUUCGAGAAACCAGUGAAGGAGUGAAGGAGUUCAUAGCAGAGAUUUCAACUCUUGGUCGUCUCCAGCACCGGAAUCUAGUGCAAAUCAGAGGAUACUGCAGGCAGGGACAAAAGUUUUUCAUAGUGUAUGACUUCAUGCCAAAUGGAAGCCUGGAUAAGAUGAUAUUUAAGAAUCCUUCCCGAGUUCUAGAAUGGGCUCAAAGGUUCACAAUUCUCAGGGACGUGGGUGCAGGAUUGCUGUAUCUUCAUGAAGGAUGGGAGCAGAAAGUGGUGCACAGAGACAUCAAAUCUUCCAACGUUUUGUUGGACUCAGAGCUUCAUGCAAAACUGGGGGAUUUUGGGCUUGCUCGUCUGUAUAGGCAUGAUGGGAACUCCCUAACCACACGUGUGGCCGGAACCCCUGGCUAUAUCGCUCCAGAAUUGUUAGCCACUGGAAAGGCUACCACCAGCACGGAUGUAUUCAGCUUUGGAGUUUUGAUGUUGGAGGUUGCGUGUGGAAGGCGUCCUGUAGAGUCUCCUCUAGAUGAUUCUCAAGUAAUUUUGUUAGAUUGGGUGAGGGAGCUGUAUGCCAACAAUAGGCUCAUGGAUGCUGCUGAUCCAAAGCUUGGUGGCAAUUUUGUUGAAGAAGAUGAGAUGAAGACAGUACUCAAAUUGGGUCUAUUUUGUUCUAAUCCUCAACCAGAGGCAAGACCUACUAUGAGACAAGUGGUUCAAAUACUGGAAGGUGAAGCCUCCCUUGCUGUCUCUGAUGUUCCUCCUCAUUUCUGA